AUGGCGAGUUCGGGAUGCCUGAAGCUGUGCACGGAGGGCAUUCGUGGCUCAGGGCUGCCGAUAUAUUACCAGCGGGCUGGCCAACCGUCAUCACCCCAACCGCCGCCAGCCACCGCCGACGUCCACCGUCUGACUCGAACACAGCAGCCGCCGGUGGCGCCGCCUAGCGGCAAGUGUCGCAUCCCACCGCCGCUGGAGUCGAGUGUCGGCCACGAGGGCCAGCGCUGGACCGACAACGUCGUCUACAUCUCGGGCUACAGUCCAACGCUGGAGCGGCGCCGUCAGCCGGGCGCGCCGCCGGCGGUGGCCGCCGAGGCGCAAGACGCCACCGCGUACCGCACGCUGCCGUCAAAGCAGAAGCGCCUGCAGCAGUUCUACGCGGCGGCGAGCAGCGCCGAAGUGGGGCCGUGCGCACCGAGCGCAGGCGAGGUCAGUCCCGAGCGUGUCGACCUCAUGCUGCUGGACGAGGAGAUGCGCACUCGCAGCCUGCCCUCUUGGAUGAGAAACAAGAACAGGGGCAAGCUCCAGGACGCCAGCCAGCAUCCUCUGAGCUUCAGUCACAAGCAGCGCAACCGGAUGGGCAACGACGCGGCGUCGGUGAUCGCACGCGCCCGGACGCAGUACCCGAGCCGCUCCGGUCAGGAGCCCACCAUCGUUUACGACGUGCGGACGGCGCUAUAGCGGAGCCCCGGCCGGCCCGGCGGCGGCUCCGCCCGAGGUCUGCGGACGGCGCUAUAGCGGAGCCCUGGCCGGCCCGGCGGCGGCUCCGCCCGAGGUCUGCGGACGGCACUACAGCGGAGCCCCGGCCGGCCGGCGGCGGCUCCGCCUGAGGUCCCCUGCUCAGGCCGAACCCCGCUCAGAGGCGACUGGCGCGCGCCUACGACGUCACAGCAGCGCCCGGAGGUGGCAGAUCGAGCGAGAGAGGACAGUGAGGUUGUGUGCUGGCACACCUGUGACGUCAGAAUAGAUUCGAGAUGACACGCGCCUUCGGUGAGACUGGGGUGAGGUGUGAGCAGGUGGCGAGCAGGUGAGUGUGAGCGAUCUGACUCGGGAGCGCGGACGGUCGCGGUGGGAGACUAUUGCAAUGUAUGCAGUCAUAUCGAGGUCUGAUGUGUGUUGAUUGUCUCGAGUCACGCAGUCUGGCACCAGGCACGGGUCCAAGCUAUGCCACCGGUCUUCACUCAGCUCAUAGCGUUGUGUGACGUCCCUCCUCCGGCUCCAUGUUCCUGCUCCCUAUCGUUGUCUGCGCCUGUCGCCGACCACCACUGGCCGGCGACCACCACCUGACACUCCCCCGGCCGGCACCCCCUGCCCUGUCAAACCCGUCACCACGGGGCCAGAAUUGGCACCUCACUUAUGUUGAGCAACCCAGACUCGACCCGUCCAGCUCUGCCGGUGGACCGAGCCUGGGGCCCGCCCCGGCCCCCGUGCGCCCCCAAAUAAAAGCCCGCCCCGACAGCCCGGCAAGCCCGGUCCGAGCCGGUCCGGUCGAUCGGAUCAGGCUGAGCCCUUCAGAAGGCGGCGUCGCCAUCAGGCCUGUCUUCGUCACGUCCAUCCAGCGCCCGUUACGGGCUCGUUGUACGCCCCGCCGCGAGGCAUCGCGCGCAGCACAGACCGUCCCUCGCGCAUCCCGCCCAUUGCGCCGCGUUGGUCGUCACACUUCGCCGACCUGGGACGGGCCUGGGUGAGCCCGCCGGCUGGGCUGCGGUCCAGAUGGGCCGAAGCGCCGCUUUUCACUGCCCUUGAGCCCGUGUGGGAAUGAGGGGCGGCGCAGCAGUGGCGUCUGUGACGCUCGUCGGGGUGCUCUGCGUGGGCUGGGUCUUAUCUGGUGCGGCCUAUACGGACCUUAAGCGUACACUCAGAGUUCAGUUGCGGUC